AUGCAAGACCAGGUAGAAAGUACAGCGAACGAGGCUACCAGCCCAGUCGCAGACCCGUUUACACCACAGAUUAGAAGCUACAUUGAGCAUCUCAUUGAGCGCUUCCACGUGCCGAGCAUCUCUAUUGGUAUUAUUCAAAAUGGGCAGACUCAUCUUACAUCAUUUGGCGAUGCGCAGUUAGGCGAGAAUAAAGCUACGCCCGACUCACUCUACUACAUUGCCUCGCUCACAAAGUCCCAAACAGCCACCGCACUCCUCUCUGUUCUCGAGGGCCUCGACACCGGCAAGCGCCUUAAGGCUUGCCCUUCCCUGCCUGACAGCAUCACGCUCAAAACGAAGCUGCAGGCGCUCAUGCCUGAGGAUUUCGCGCUUGCGGACGAAUACGCCACAGCGCAUGCCACCCUCGAAGACGCGCUGGGCCACCGCCUCGGCGUGGGUGCCAACGACUCUGUCUACGGCGGGGAGGGCUACACAGUACGUGAUGCUGUGAGAGCGCUACGACAUUUGCCGAUGGUGGCGGAGCUGCGGGAGAAGCAGGAAUAUCUCAACAUGGGCUACAUGGCCAUCCAGCAUGUUAUUGAGACGCUGACAGGGAAGCCGAUUGAGGAAUCGCAUCGCGAGUAUAUAUGGGGUCCACUGGGGAUGGACUCAACGUAUCCGUCACUCCAAGAGGCCAAAGCUUCCGGAAAGCAGCUAUGUACUGGAUAUAUUUAUGAUCCUUUGGCGAAAAAGAUCAAGGAGACGGCACACGUGAAUGACUAUCCGCUCAUCGGCGGCGGAGGCUUGAUUUCCUCAAUCCGCGACAUGGCAGCCUACUUGCAUGGCGUCAUGCACAGCACGCUACCACUCGGAAAGGACUACCAGGAGAAGCUCCUCACGCCACUGUCUCUAGAUGAUCCCAGUACGCCCCAGGAGCACUGGUCCCACGGGCUGUACUGCCUCGGCUGGUCGCAGCAGACGUAUCGCGGACGGCGCGUCGUCUCGCACAAUGGCGGCAUCAACGGCUUCAAUUCGCAGCUGCUGUACCUGCCGGAUGCAAAAUGGGGCAUGGCUGUUCUCUCCAACAGCAGCCAGGGGUUUGUCGCAUGGCAGUCGCUAAAACUGCGCCUCCUGGACGACGUGCUGCGCGUGCCGCCUGCCGAGCGACAGCCGAGUCCCGAGAACGAACUCAGCGACAAGCUGGAGGGCAGCGGGAAGCAUCUCUACAAGGCGCGCGAGACCAUCUACCCACACAUUCCCAACCCACCGCUCCCUCUGACGCUGCCUCUGUCUUGCUACGCAGGGAGUUACACCGGCAACGGCCACAAGACGCUAAAGCUCAUCGUGGCGAGCCCGCGGGCGACGACACCGGUGCGGAGCGGGGUGACAGAGGUGCUGCGGACUGAGUUUACCGCGCUCGGGGAUUUUGUGUACGAGAUGGAGCACGUGUCGGGAGAUUUCUUCGUGGGGUGGGAGGAUCUCGCGGUACCAGCGGCGGCGGCGAGGGCGGCACGGCGCGUCCAGUUUGUGCUGGGUGCGGAGGGGAGCGUGGUGAGAGUCGGGAUUAAUUUUGCGCCGGCGACGGAGACGGGCGAUGAUUUGAAAAUGACUUGGUUUGACAAGGCAUAG